AUGGAAAGGAUUGAGGAGAUGUGGGGUCAUCUGAAACUCACAAAGGAUGAGGAUGAGCCAAUUGAAUUAGAAGAGGAAGCUAGAGAGGAAGUCCAUCGUAAAUGUGAGUGGUGUUUGAUAGGGAAAUUCUAUAUGGAAAGAUCGAUAGGAAGGGCUAUCGUUGAAUCAACAAUGGUAAAAAUAUGGAGAGUAGGCAAACAAGCAACUGUCAAAGAAGUGGGGCCAAAUGUCUUUAUCAUCACUUUUUCCACUCAAAUGGACAAGAAGAGAAUCGAGGAGGGACGUCCAUGGUCUUUUGACAACAACCUAUUUGUCAUCAAACCUUUUGAUGGCUAUGUUCAACCCAACAUGAUGAAAUUUGAUAACGCUUUGCUAUGGGUCCAAAUGCACAAUUUGCUUUUAGUAGGCAUGAACUGUGAAUGUGGAGAAAGAAUUGGAAGAUCACUAGGUGUGGUGGAAGAAGUGGAAGUGGAUGAAGAUGAUGUGGGGUGGGGAACUUUCCUGAGGGUGAAAGUCUUAUUGGAUUUGACAAAACCAAUAGCAAGAAGGCGUAAAGUGACAAUCAAUGGCUCAAAAUUCUGGAUACCUUUGAAGUAUGAAAAACUGCCACGCUUUUAUUUUAAGUGUGGUCGAAUUCUUCAUGAAGGGAACAAUUGGCAACAAAGUGGCCAACAAGAAGGAGAGGCUGCUCGGUUCGGGUUAUGA